CAUUUUAUGCCACCUUUAUGUAUCUGAAUCACUGAAUUCAUACAACAUGUUAAAUUAUAGAAAAUGGCAUGGUAAGAAAAUACACAUAAACAGGUUUUAGUAUUAGAGGGAGACACCUAAUAAAAAGCAGUAGUCAACCAUGAACAAAGAGUAAAGGUUAGGUUAAAAUGAGGUGUUCCUGAGAUAUCACAGUCACAAUGUGAACCGUGUUUUGAGAGGCCGCAGUGAACCUUUGACCACAAAAAUAUAAUCAGUCCAUCUCUGAGUCCAGAUGAGUGUUUGUACCAAGUCUGAGGAAAUGCUCUGGAGGUCAUCUUUAGAUAUCGUGUUCACAAGAACGGGACUGACGGACUAACGCAUUAUUAAAUGAUCCAGGCGGAAGUAGCUUCUUUCUGACCUUAUUUUGUAAGUCAAGCCGGAAGUGUCGCCGUGUAGCCUGCUAGCCGUUAGCUUGACGGCGAGGCGGGAGCGGGAGUGGACUACAGUCAGUUGACAGCGGGGCAGGAGGGCAGGACUCACCGGGUCGGUUACCUGAACACUCUCGGUCGGCAGCUCGGUCCUCGUUGGUUCGCUAAGUCGCUGGAUUUCUUCGCUGGAAGACUUGUUCUGUAUGCGUCCGAGGGAAAGAGCGAGCCCGGGACCAUGCUGACAUUAUCCGGAGCCACUCUUCGCCUUUGUUUGUUGACUGUUUUCUGGUCAACUUGGUCGCCGGCUGACGUCCAAGCUUCUGAAGAGGAUGCUUUCACCAUCCAGCACCUCGGCACAGGGAAGUGCCUCGGCACAGGGGCCUCGGCAAACCUGAGCCUCAUCACCUGCAAUGCAGACAGCCGGUCCCAGAUGUGGAAGUGGGGUUCGGGUCACAGGCUCUUCCAUGUGGCCUCGUCCACCUGCUUGGCGUUGGAAGUACUCUCCAAAAGGUUGUCCCUGGUUGACUGUGGCGCCAACAUCCCGCUGAGUUGGCACUGUCUGGAUGGAGCAGUUUACACUGUUUAUCAGAUGGGCCUGGCGGUCAGCGAAAGCAAAGUUGCAACCAAACGGGACACUAAUGAUUCUUGGGUGAGAGGAGGGUCGCAGGACAGUAUCUGCGAGAAGCCUUACCGUGUCGUCCACACCAUCAACGGAAACUCUGCUGGUGAUCCCUGUGACUUUCCCUUCAAAUUCAAUGGCAGCUGGCAUCAUGGCUGCCUCCCCGACGCAGAUUCCCCUGGAUUGUCCUGGUGUGCCACCUCCUCCGACUAUGACCAGGACAGAAAAAAGGGAAAUUGUCUAACACGAGAGGAGGGCUGUCAGACUCUGUUUGCCGGGCCAGAGGGGGGAUUCUGUUACGAGUUUGUAUCCAGUGCCACUGUGACCUGGCAGGAAGCUUUAGAUUCGUGUCGCAGUCAGGGGGCUGAUCUGUUCAGCCUGACGGGGCCCAAUGAUCUCCACUCCAAAACCCUACUGGACGGCCUUGGCGGAAUGCCUGAGAGGAUGUGGAUCGGCCUUCACCAGUUAGACAUGUCUCAGGGCUGGCAGUGGUCAGAUGGCUCCCCUCUCUCCUUCCUGCAUUGGGAAGAAGGAAUGCCAUCCACCGUCGCAAUUAUGGAGUCAGAUUGUGGAGUCCUGAACUCCAAGCAGAACUUUGAAUCUGAGGCUUGCAACAAACAUCUGCCGUACAUCUGCAAGAAGAGCAUCAGUGCCUCUCCGACAGCAACAACAGAGUCUAUUGUAUAUAAUGAAACAGUGUGUGCUGUCGGCUGGGUGCCGUGGAACGGCUGGUGUUACAAGUUGGUUAAGGAUGAGCCUAAAAACUUUAAAGACGCCCAGCAGCACUGUGCCCAAACGGAGGGAGGAGGAGAGGGCUCUCUGGCCAGCCUCCACUCCAUUGACUGCAAAGAGAUGAUCAGCACUAAUUUCCAUGCAGAUGGCAAGUUCUUGGAUGUCUGGAUCGGUCUAGUCGGUAUCCUAAUGAACCAAACAACGGUCUUCAAGUGGAAUGACCAGGCACCUGUCACCUUCACCUUUUGGGGCCCAAAUGAACCAGUCCAGCCAACUCAGGACCCCAGCUGCGUGUUCUACUCUGGAGAGUCUCAUGGGUGGCGGGUCGGGAACUGCACAGAGAGGCUACCUUUUAUGUGUCAGACAAAAGGAGAAGUCAGGAAAUCAGUGUCACCGGCUGGAUGUCGCUUUGAAGACGGUUGGAGGCGACACGGCAACUCCUGUUAUCAAGUGAACACCAAAAAAGUCUCCUUCAAAGAUCGCUGUAACAUCACCAUAAGAAACAGAUUUGAGCAGACCUUUAUCAACCGUCUUCUUGGAGAGUACAUCAACAAGGAGACUCAAUAUUUUUGGAUAGGCCUGCAGGAAAUUAAGAACACUGGAGAAUACCAGUGGCUGAGCCAGGACGGGUCCCCACAUUUGUUAACAUACACCAACUGGGGCUGGUCGGAACCAGAUCAGCAUGGAGGUUGUGCUGUGAUUUCCACUGCUCAACCCCUGGGCAAGUGGGAAUUGAAGAACUGCACCAAUUUUACGGCCGGCACCAUUUGUAGAACUGACCUUAGUCCACCCCCAACCACCGAGCCAGAGUUGAACUCCAACGCCAGCUGUCCGAAUGGAUGGAUGUCCAGAGAAAACAUGAAGUACUGCUACAAGGUGUUCCAUGAGGAGCGGCUGAGCAGAAAACGCUCCUGGGAGGAAGCCGAGAGGUUCUGUCAGGCUUUGGGAGCCAACCUUCCCAGUUUCUCAAAUAUUGCAGAUAUGAAGGACCUGCACAGCAUCAUGAGAGACACCAUCAGUGAUAAUCGGUUCUUCUGGGUCGGCCUGAACAGGAGAAACCCAUCCGAUCGAUCCUGGGUCUGGAGCGAUGGCCAACCUGUAUCUUUGAAGGUUGUAAACGAUGAUUUCCACGAGGAUGAUUCAUACAGACGGGACUGCACUGCAUUCAAGACAACAAAGAGCAGCUUGAAACACAUUCUUGUGUUUCUGCCCCCUCCUCUACCUUUCUAUGCCAUACCAUUUCACUGUGAUGCCAGGCUGGAGUGGGCCUGCCAAAUACCCCGAGGAAAGACGCCAAAGAACCCAGACUGGUACAAUCCCGUUGGGCACCAUGAGACCUCUAUCUUCGUAGAUGGAGCAGAGUUUUGGUUCGUUCAGGAGCCUAAGCUAGCCUUUGAGGAGGCGAAGCUCUUCUGCAACAGUAAUGGCAGCAAAGUGGCUGCACCAAGUAGUUCCACAGCCAUCAUAAAGAUACACCAGUACCUGAAAAAUGUAAGUAACUGGAGUCUGUAAGUGGCCAUGUUCACCCAGAUGUUCUUUUACCAUUCAGUUUUCCUGGGCAGAUGUAUCUCCAUCAGUCCUGAAAACCUCUUUCCCAACCACGAACUGAGUUGCCAACAGCCGUUGUCCUUUGUGUGUGAGAGACACAACAUCACAUCAGUGGAGAUAAAACCUCUGGAGCCUCAGCCUGCAGGACAGCCCUGUGGAAAUGACUCUCAAUCCUUCAGAAAUAAGUGCUACACACUGAUGAGCAGCACGAAGCCUUUGUCAUUCAAAUAUGCCAAUGAGCAAUGUCAGUCAGCGAGAGGAACCCUGGUCACAAUAUCAGAUCAGGUGGAGCAAGAUUUCAUCACCACACUUUUGCCGGGCAUGAGAAAUAUGGAAAGGAUCUGGAUUGGUCUGAAAAUCAAACAUAACGACCCUGAAUGGUUGGAUGAGUCGCCAGUCAACUACCUCAACUUUAACCCCCUGCUCCUGGGCAUGCACAAAGCCAUACAGAUCAGUAGAUGGGAUCCAGAGAGUAUUGAUUUGUGUGUGUAUUUGAUCAAUAACCCCAACUCUGCCAUGCUGGGUACCUGGGAUUAUUCUUCCUGUACACAGUUUCAGAACGUGGCUGUUUGCCAACACUAUGCAGAUAAAAUCGAGGAGCCCCACAUCAACACAAAGCCCUUCACCAUCGGCAACCACACCAUCCAGCUGCUUGCCAAUAAUCUCACCUGGUUUGAGGCCUUAGAGCAGUGCAGAAGAAAUAACAUGGAUCUGGCAAGUGUGGCCGACACCUUCUUCCAGUCCACUCUCACUGUGCACGUGAGCCGAGCACGCACGCCCAUGUGGAUCGGCCUUUUCAGCGAAGAUGAUGGGAUCCACUACCGCUGGACCGACCACAGCCACACCGUGUUCAAUCGCUGGUCGUCUGAUGUCACCAGUGGCUCUUGUGUCUACCUGGACACCGAUGGCUUCUGGAAAGCCACAGAGUGUGAGGAGGAGCUGGGGGGCGCUAUCUGCCACAAACCGCACAAGGAGACCAUCACCACUCCAGAGGAUGUUGCAGUGAAGUGCCCCCAUAAGAUUCACGGUCCAAACUGGGUCCCCUUCAAGAACAAUUGCUACUCCUUCCAGCUGGCUGCCUCCCGAUGGGAACAGUACGACCAGGGAUUGAUUCACGACACCUGCAAAAACCUUUAUCCAAAUGCAGAGAUCCUAACUAUACGAAAUGCAGAGGAGAAUGAGUUUAUCAAGCAGCAGCUCCUACCGUUUCAAACCCUGGCCCAGUUUGUUUGGCUGGGCAUGUUUAAAGACAACAAAGAUAACCAGGUGAAGUGGUAUGACGGCACAAAUGUCCAAUACUCCAACUGGGCGAAUGGCAGACCAGACGUAGACAGACCGUUCUUGGCCGGAAUCACCAUUGGGGGAAACUGGCUCCUUGUCUCAAAUCAAGGCCUUUUCUCAGAGUUCAAACAAAGGGCAGUAGUGACCUGCAAACUGGACAAUGAACCAAAACAAGAUUACAACACAACAGCCUUGGAUCUUCUGCAUUACGGUAACCUGAUUUACAGUGUUGUGACCCGGAAGUUAAAUUGGUACCAGGCCCUGGAAGAGUGUGGUGAGCGAGGAGGCCACCUGGCAAGUGUCCAUGACAUCCAGCACAAUGAACAUGUGAAGCUCAUCGCCAAGACAGACGGCUUCCCGCUCUGGAUUGGCCUAUCGGACCAGGAAGUGGACGGCUCAGCCUAUGAGUGGUCUGAUGGAACCAGGUUUGACUACAAAGACAACCUUUCUGACUCAAAGGAGAGAUUUAUCUCCAACAAACAAGAGGCCGUCUGUGUUGUUGUAACGCCUGCUGGAGCCUGGGUGAAGACCAGCUGCAAUGCGAUGGUAGAUGGAGCCAUCUGUUACACCACCCCCGUCACCACGUCCUCCCAGAGAGCCAGACUGCGCACUAGCCCGGAGGCCAAUCACUGCCCUCAGAGCAACGAUACAUCCAAAGGCAUGUCCAUGUGGGUGCAGCAUCAGGAUCACUGUUACGCCUUCGACAUGAGCUUCUACAACUACAGCGUCUACAGCAUGGAGCAGGCCAGCAAGAUUUGUCAGAGGAUGGAUGCCAAACUGCUGACCAUAAAAACCAAAGAAGAGAACGACUUUGUGUCAAAGUACAUCACUGAUAACCCCCUCAUCACCGGCCGUGUAUGGCUUGGCAUGGACAUGGAUACUCAAGGUAAGCCUGCAUCCUGGCAGGACGGCUCCACUCUGGCUUAUUCUAACUGGAAGUCUGGGGCCUUGGGUACUGGGAAGAAAUCGUCCCCCCACUGUGCCGUCAUGAUGGCAGGGGAUGAAGGAAUCUGGAAUUUUGUCAGCUGCCAGGCGAGCUACAGUCGUGUUGUCUGCAAAACCGAAGCCAAGUCUGGAGGCACUCCUGUGGCACUGGUUCUCUUCAUCAUCAUCCUCCUCGCUCUCAUCGCAGUCAUCGGCUUCAUCGUCUACAAGAAGAAAAGAGCUCACUUCUCCUCCACGGUCCGCUACGAGAGGACGCUGGACGAGUUCGACACCAACAGUAUUAUAACAGACGCUGACUGAGCUGACGUCUUCAGACUCAGGGAGUACGGAUAAGCCUGUCGUGUAUUUUAGUACUUUUAAGAAAGAUCAAGUUCAGCCCCCCCCCCUUUUUUAAAUUAUUUAUUUUUUCCCGCUUGAGCUCUUGCGCUUCCUAGAUUUCUGUUUGAAGCUGUAUAUAUAAAAUUGUUUGUGAAUAUCAGUUUUCUUCAUUUGGGAUAUUUUAGAUGCUGAUGUAAAUACUCCAGCUGAUUCUCGGUGGUGAGUGAUGAUCGAUGACGUUCAUGAGAUGUUUUCAAUACGUUUAGGGUGUUUUGGUUUUAGACUGUAGAAAAGAUUUUGAGUUGACUUACACAUACACUGUAUAUGCAACAAACAGACUAAACAUGUCUAACCCUCCCAUUCUGCCUUAAAAGGGUUAAAUUGCACUGAAGUACGAGAGACCCCAAACUGAGCAGUUAUUUAUUUGUAGUAUAAAAAAACAUUUAUUAUACAAUCCACUCCAAAUUUAUUAUUCAUCGUCAGAUCGGUCAACACAUACGUAGACUUUAAAAUGGACAGUUCACCUCAAAGUACAUUUUUUCUACUUUAAAUGUUUUAUAUAUAUAUCCAGAUAUUUUCACCUUUAAAUAAUCGCACAGUGCUGCCCAGACCUCACCUCACUGUCGACGGUGUGAGGAGUAGUUUUCUUCCAAAGUACGGCCCCAAAAGAAACUCAGGUUUGGGAAUUUUGUUUCAACGUUUAAUUGUAUCUGGUGAGAAAGUAUCUUAAUUGCAUGACAGAGUAUUAAGGCCAUAUGAAAAAGAAAAUUGGAGAUUUUCGAGAAUAAUCACGUAAUUUAUUGAGAAAACUAAACAGUUGGAUCACAAGAAUAAAGGCAUCUUCUAAGAAAUAAGCAACGAGGAGAACCUGUGCUCGCCAGUGUUCCGGUUCGUCUGAAUCCAAAAUCUUGAACCAAUCUUAUUGUUUCUGGAGAAACUACAAAACCUCUUUGAAUAUCACACAGACGUAACAUUAACCGACAUUAAGUCGACCACUACCAAACAUUUCCUCCUCCACAAAAGAGCCAAACAUUCUCAAAGUCCGUGGUUCUUCAGAAUAGACCUGAUGUCUUUCAUUGUGUUAUCAAAUUGUGAUACAUUUGAUAAAGUGGUGCUGAGGAGCUGAAAGAUGAAGGAUCUUGUCAUUUGUGAAACCUAAAGUAAAACUCACUUUCUCACAACAUAUAUUCUAGUAAAUUUACCAUUUUCUCUUAAUUAUGACUUAAUUCUUGAAAUCUCAGAUUUGUCUUUCACCUGAAGUGAACCUGACACUCAUCAUAGUCCUGAGAUACUGCACUGUGGUCAGUUUCAGUAGAACUGUCUGUGCCUUUAAAAUGAGCAGAAACACGUCUCACUGAUUGUGCCUUUUUAACGUCAUAACUGCAGAAGAUAUUGGUGUUUCUUAACCACUGGAUUAUUUGAAUUCACCUGUUUCAUUAAUAACUAAAAUUAUGUUUUCGUUGUUCUGAUUCUAGUCUUGCUGAACAUGUCACAGAAUCUUAGCCUGAAAAUGAACCGGAGGGUUUGUAUGAUUUGUUUUGUAUUUUCUCUCAGAUCUGACUUUACUAUGCACUCAACUACUGAGCAAGAUCGCACUUUAAUUUGUCGUGGAGCUUCAGUUCCCACUAUGUUUAAGCACAAUGAGGUUUCGAGUUUUGAUUUCUCUUGGAAUUGCACUGGUUGUUUUUCUGUAAAAGCUUUGUAAUGAUGUGAUGCUUGUUUUGUAACAAGGACGAACCAAAGAUGCUCUGACUGGUUUGAAUGUCAAGAGCCUGAGUUUUUCUCUGUUAUUGGAAAAGCCUCAAACGGCUCGUACAUACAAGGUGUGAACCAAAUGUUAAAGGUGGGUGUGUUGUUUUUUUUUAUCUAUCGGCUAAAAUCAGGUACAACGUCCUUCUAAUAAAAUGACCUGUCUUCAA